GUGCGCAGCAACGAGGAGCGGGAGCUGGGGGCCCUCGGCGUGGUCUACAAGUCCACCCGCUCAGCUCGACGCGUGGGGCCCGAGGACAUGGGGGCCACGGCCCUCUAUGAGCUGGACACCGAGAAGGAGCGAGACGCUCAAGCCAUCUUUGAGCGCAGCCAGAAGAUCCAGGAGGAGCGGAGGGGCAAGGAGGAUGACAAGGUCUAUCGCGGCAUCAAUAAUUACCAGAAAUACUUGAAGCCCAAGGAUACGUCCAUGGGCAACGCCUCCUCUGGGAUGGUGAGGAAGGGCCCCAUCCGGGCGCCUGGGCACCUGCGCGCCACCGUGCGCUGGGAUUACCAGCCGGAUGUCUGUAAGGACUACAAAGAGACUGGCUUCUGUGGCUUCGGGGACGGCUGCAAAUUCCUCCACGACCGUUCAGACUACAAGCAUGGGUGGCAGAUCGAACGUGAGCUGGAAGAGGGGCGCCAUGGCAUCCCGACGGAAGAGAGCUAUGAAGUGGACAGCGAGGAUGAGGAUAUACCUUUCAAUUGUUUCAUCUGCCGCCAGACCUUCCAAAACCCAGUGGUCACGAAAUGCAGGCAUUAUUUCUGCGAGAGCUGCGCGCUGCGGCGUUUCCGCACCACCGCGAGCUGCUACAUCUGUGACCAGCAGACCAACGGCGUCUUCAACCCAGCCCGAGAGCUGACUGCCAAACUGGAGAGGCGUCGGGCUGCAGCCGAGGGUGGCGAUGCGGAUUUCCCAGGAGACCCCGAGGAGGCUGCCAUUCCAAUGAUUUAAGUUGGGAAAAAAAAAAAAAAAAGCAAGGUGCCAAACAGUAUGUAUGGUAUUCUGUCUACUCAUUAAAAUAAUAAUAA